AUGCGACGACCGUGUUCGUAUUUAAUCUCGUGCAAGAGAGGUGUGACAGCACUUACAACUUACCCAUUGACUAGAUCACAAGUCGACUCUCUUUGACCAGUUAUUUAUUUUUAUAUAUAAAGUCGUAGAAAAACAUAUAGAAAUGGCGUCAUUAUAUAUAAUGAUUGUGGGACUUUUGCACUUUGUAAACGUGGAACCGGCACCUACUCCUUUAACGGAUAGUUGGAUAUCGGAAAGAAUAUCACAUUAUCAAGAAAACACCCAGAAAGAGGCGCCUUUAGGAACACCUAUUCUUGCCAAUAGAUUUAAUUUAGAAGAUAAAAGACAAAAUUGGGGGUUACUAAGAAAUGGGUCAAUCUACAAUGAAAACGAUGAUACAAACUAUGGUUCUAGGCCGAUAACAAUACCUAGACUAUCAGCUAACAACCCUCAUUUGUCAACAGAAAAUAUUGGACAAAAAAUAUCUGAAAUUAGUGUGCCUUUUAAAACAAAACGAUUCUUGGACCAAAAGCCUGAAGUGAACGGUGUAUUAAAAGUAACGAAUAAUAAUGUGCCACGGAAAAUUCCUUUGCAAUGCGAUGUAGCACGUAUCAAAUGUUGUUUUGAUAAUUUGGAUUUGAACAACUGUUCCAAAGCAAGUGAAUGUUUCAAUUUGGAAAAUAAGUCCGAUUUGUGCGAUGCAAGAGUUUUACAGGAAGGUAUUAGAAGAGUUAUAAGUUUUAUAUGAUGUGACUAUAAUUCCGAUAUUUAAAGGUUGUUUGAUUUUCUUAGAGUGGAAAUUGAUUAUUAUGCCUGUUUCAUGUUUAGCUUACAUAUACUACCAAAAACUGAAAAUAAGGGCGGUAUGAACUAAGACGUUUUUUGAUGUUAUUUGUUAAAUAAAUUUUUACAUUCAAGCUUUAA